AUGAGUCUCUUCCCAACUGCACAAAGAAACACCCAUCUUGUUGAAUUUAAUGCCGGCAAAGUUGUCAGAGAAGGUUCAACCUUGAAGCCAGAUACUAGAAAGGGCGUUGUAUAUAUGGACCAGAGUGAUGAUCAAUUGAUGCAUUUUUAUUGGAAAGAACGCAAAGCAGCCGACCCAGAGGAUGAUUUCAUCAUCUUUCCUGAUGAAGCAGAGCUACUUCGUGUCAACGAGUGCACAACAGGCCGUGUUUAUAUCUUGAAAUUCAAAUCUUCCAGCCAAAAAGUGUUCUACUGGAUGCAGAGCAAAAACGACGAGAAGGACGAAGAGCUCGUCAGCCGUGUCAACCAGCUUAUCAACGAUCCUCAAAGCGCAGCUAAUGAUGGUGGUGGUCAAGGUGAUUUAGACAUGAACAUGACACAAGACAACCUUUUGCAAUUCAUUCAGAAUGCUGGUGGCUUGAGUGGCAAUCUUUCAUCAUCCUUACCAGGUGCCACUGGUAACGUCAUUGCUGCGUCCAAGUGGAGCGAGUUGCAUAAUACGCUUGCAGACAUCAACGUGCCAGAAGAACAAGCAUCUCUCGAUUUAGGUGAUGCUUUGGAUGCAGAUGCUGCCAAUGCCAUCUUGGGCGACUCUGAAAUCAGAUCUGCCCUCUUUCCUUUUGUCAGCGAGAGCUCAGAAAGAUCUGCAGACGAAAUUGCUCAGUUAGUCCAGAGUCAACAAUUCCAGCAAAGGUUACAGACAUUGAAUGCUGCCCUUCAGCAAGAUGCCUUGACUUCCAUUGUUGAGGCUUUAGAAACAGAGAAAGAUAUAAAAUCCUUUUUAAAAGCUGUUGAGGAGCAGGCUAAGCGCAAGCAGCACCGUGAUGCGGAUGCCAUGGACGAAGAUUAA